ACGGCGAGAAAGCGAGUCCUUUUCUUCUUUCCUUCCUUUCUAUCAACUUCGACAACUAUCCGGCAUCUCUGUAUGCCUGAGUUGGGCUCACACAGCCAACGUUGCCACCAUUGAUCUUCGCUAAAAACUCUUAUCUAUUUCAUCUUGCGAAACGUUCCUUCCUCGAGUGGCUACGUUUCAGCGGCGCGGCGCGUGUUUGUAUGUGAAUUUGUGCUGUUUUUUAGUGCAUUUCAACAUUUCAUGAACCAAAGUGCGUCCUUCUGCGUUCUGCUGCGAACCUUUAAACCACCGUUGAUUUCGUUUUGUAUAAUAAUCCAUCGUGCUCCCGCUGUAUUCGUGAUAUAAGUGUGAUAAACAAGUGCUGCAUCAGUAUCUGCAAGGAUUACGAUACACAUACUGGAUACAUCGCAGGUCUACGCAUAACGUGCACCGAGAUCCGCCGACACAAUGCAUCAGCUCUCGUCGCUAUUCAUCCAAAUUUGCGUGAUCGCAGCCUCAGUCCAAACUGGGCUAAGCAUCAAGUGCUACAACUGCGACUCAACCAGCAAUGAAGAAUGUAUGGAUCCGAAACGCAAUUCUGCCAUCGUGGCCGAGACCUGCACACCGAGAAAAAUGUCCGAAACAACCGGUAACUGGUUGGCGGAUCUGACGCGCAUCGAAUACUUUGGCGGAGCGGAGAUCACCGUACCGAUGGUUUGCCAGAAAAUUGUCGCCGCUAAUGAAAAUGGUGACACGAUGACGUUCCGUGGCUGUCAGCUGGACGGUGGUAAAACGGAUCCCUGCCAGAUCGCCUACGGUAAAGCGAAAUUGCAGCGUGGCGUAAAGAUCGAGUACUGCUCAACCUGCAAGGAUGAUGGCUGUAAUGGAGCACCCCGGUUGGUGAGAUCGACCACCUCACUGGUCAGUCUGCUCGUGGCAGCAGCAUUACUGACGCGCGUCGGACAACAGUUCUUGUAAAACGUUUUACCACCGAAAUAAUCACGGAGAACGGAACGGAUGCCUGGCCCGGAAACUUGGUCAAAUUAGCCCGAAUUGCAAGAACCUCUGUACAUAUGAUUUAUUGUGAAGUGAUAAAUCAAUUGGCAUUCAUGCACACGUGGAAUCACGAACCGACUCAGAACGGAUGGUCUGGAGAGCGUGGCUCUCGUCAAGCGCAUCAAGCGUAUCAUCAACGAUCGGUCGAAUACAUUUAUCGGAAGUCAAAGCAAACGAAGGAGAUGUAAGCAGUAUCACACACACUCUCGCUGUGUGUUGUGUCACACAGUUCUAAAGUAACAAUAGAAAACAUGGUUUGAAGAGGAAGACCACAUACUUAUCCUUAGCACCAUCACGAUCACGGCAGUUACUAACCCUUAACUAGUUGAAGAUAUUCGGACAACAACACUGUCCGAUUGAUAGAGAUACGCGUUUCAUGUUUCUUUUCGCGGUCAAAAGGCAGCGCGGUCAAAGCGUACGCAAAACGCUUUCGAUCAAUUUCGCAAAAACCAAACUCUUUGCACUCGAUCAAUUAAUUCGUAAAACAAAAUACUCAACAAAGCAACCAGCGCAUGAGGCGAGAGACGCAAAUUCACGCAUAUGCCUUCGAUUCGAUAUUAUAAGCAUUUAAUGAAAACUUGCUGGGAAGCAUUAGGUUAAGAUUUUGCAAAAAAAAAAGUAUUCUGCAUUCGCAACACUGAUUCGGAUCUUUCAACAAUUCUCACAACAACAAACAAACAACGGUACCAAUGAGCGUGUGUAAAGGAAACACACUGAUGAAUUUGAUACAAGUAAAAUCAACCGUGCAGUAGUUUUGCAGAUCGUUUUCUACCGAUUAGCAGCUCUCCCAUUCUCCUCUAACUAGUGACACCUACACCUAUUAGUCUGUAGCGCAGCGAACGCACGUGCUCGCGGUUCUUAGUGUUUGUGUGUCGUCACGAACGUCUUAAAGAUAUUAGCACAAUUAGUGGUAAAUCAGGAUGCAGGGUAUCAGUGGGUGUGUGGGUGUGUGUCUGCAUAGUUCAUAAUCAGCAGGUCAGCAGUACUACUAGCACCUAAUACAGACCGAGAGAAAGGCAAUAGACAGUGGAUAGGUUUGAACCGCAUUUGAAUUCAUGGUCCAUUAGAGAAAAUCUUUUGAGACACCCGGCAAUGCAAUGAGGUGACGUAGCAGUGUACGGUGCUUGCUGACUCAUAAAUCAAAAGCGCUUGCUAAGCACCUUAAACGCGUGGUAAAUUAUCCAUUAUUCGUAAUGACACACCAAACUCGACACCAAAGCAAACAAAAAGCAAAGAUAAGAUAACGCGUUCAUUAGGUGUGAAAGCCCAACACCAGAAAACGAAAAGAAAUGAAAGCUAAAUCCACAGGCCGCACAAGAACAUGGCCAAUUCCACGUGUCAACUUUGGUUUCGAUACCGCAACGUCACCAUACAUUUCCCCUUUCCCCCAGUACGUUUAACGUGCAGUGCAGUCAUCGAUCGUGGCAACUGAAGACAACGUAGCUGGAUAACCGCGGGACGAAAAACAAACCAUGAUAAACACACUAGAAUAUUGUGUGCUGGAGCAGAGCAUACCUUCACCGUGUGAUCGUUUCUGGUUUCUUUUCAACGAGAAGAAGAGGUUCAGAGAAAUACAAAAUCCAUAACCAGUACAUUGUGCACUGAUGGGGCACCCACAGGCGAUGAAGAUGAUCAAUAAAAGCUCGUAACAA